AUGUCCCGCGCGCAUCGACAGCACCUCUCCGCCGACGACAUCCCCAGCCUUCUCCCCUCGCAGAACAUCGCCGUGGCCGUGCCCGAGGCUGCCGAAAACACUCGCCCUCCAGCUGUCAAAUAUGUCUCCGCGCCCGCCUACCAGAGUCCGCUCCGCCACCACCGCCGAGCUGCCUCCACUACGAGAGAAGUCAAAGAAACGUUGAAUGCUAGGUCCGAAUAUAGCAACAGCGAGGACGACGGGACCGCCCAGCACAGAAUCAACCAGUACAUUAUCAAGCAGGAAAUUGGCAGAGGUUCUUUUGGCGCAGUUCAUCUGGCUGUCGACCAAUAUGGAGAAGAAUACGCUGUCAAAGAAUUCUCAAAGUCACGACUGCGUAAGCGCGCUCAAUCCAACCUGCUUCGAGGCCCUACUGCACGCAGACGGCAAAACCAACUUUCUGCCGGACGCGGUUUUAAUUCGCCUUUACAUCGCCAUUCCAAUAGUGAGCCCAACAAUUCCUUGGAGCUCAUUAGGGAAGAAGUUGCGGCUAUGAAAAAACUAAACCACCCCAACCUUGUCUCCCUGAUUGAAGUCUUGGACGAUCCAGAGGAGGACUCGUUGUACAUGGUGCUCGAACUCUGCAAGAAGGGUGUCGUAAUGAAGGUCGGGCUGGAGGAAAGAGCUGAUCCGUACAAUGAAGAGCAGUGCAGGUGCUGGUUUCGUGACAUGAUCCUUGGGAUAGAGUAUCUGCAUGCCCAAGGAAUCAUCCAUCGUGAUAUCAAACCAGACAAUUGUUUGGUCACUGACGAUGAUGUCCUGAAGAUUGUCGAUUUCGGUGUUUCAGAGAUGUUUGAGAAAGACACUGAAAUGAAAACCAAAAAGUCAGCUGGAUCUCCUGCUUUUAUGCCUCCGGAACUCUGUAUUCCCAAGCAUGGCGAUGUAUCUGGAAAAGCGGCGGACAUAUGGUCUAUGGGGGUCACACUUCAUUGUCUCCGCUUAGGAAGAAUACCGUUCGAGAAAACCGGCAUGCUGGAACUGUACGAGUCAAUCAGGAAUGACGAACUUGACCUUGGCGACAGUGACGGGGAUUUCAAGGACCUGAUGUACAAACUCCUGGAAAAAGAUCCAGAGAAACGGAUUGGCAUGGACGAUCUCCGCGAACAUGCAUGGGUAACACGGAGGGGAACAGAUCGUUUGCUUCCAAAGGAGGAGAACAUCGCCGCAAUAAUAGAACCGCCGACAGACGAGGAAGUCAACGCAGCGAUAACUGGCAAUAUGGGCCGUCUCCUGGUUGUUAUGAAAGCAGUCAAACGCUUCAAGCAGCUGCUGUUCAGAAGGAGGCCAGACUUGAUGCAAGGCAUUUUCGGUCAAGCAUCGCGAAUGGUGCAACCACCACUUUCCAUGCGACCGUAUACCACUCAUCCCAGAACUCACAGCUUAGCUACUGAGGAGAGAAAGCCGAUGGAGCGUGUGCUGACUAUAGAAGGCGUUCAUCGGGACAUAGACGCCGCGAGAAAGCUCGCGAACAUGGGAGAGCAACUUGAUAAUUUGUCAAUGCCCCCACGGGAGAGCAAGGCCGGCGACUCAGCCUCACAAUCGCCGAAGAUUGAGCCAACCAUCUCUGAGCAACAGGUGGUAGCAGAUCAACCAUCGUUUCGCCAAGAAACUGGCAAAGGGCAUGCGCACAAUCCACUCGAAGAUACCUUGUUUCUGGACAUCGAAUGCGCGGGUCCUGAUGAGGAGAUGUUGUCGCCCGACCAUCAGCACAUCAUCUGCGAAUCUCCCAGCGCAGUGGACAUCAAUGUCUACGAAACGGCCUAUCAAGAGGAGAUUGAGAAGAUAUUGAAGGAAGAGGGCAAGAAGCAGCCAACGCUCUAUCUCACACGGCGCGUGGAAGGCAAUCGGUCCAUCAGAGAGCAUCCGAGUAUUUUCAAUGCACUGCAAUCCGGCACGGACGCCCCGAAGCAAGCUAUGGCGGGAUUUGCCAGGCUGGUGCAAAGGGCAAAGGACCAUGCGCAAAGUGCGGGAGAAGGAAAAGAGGCAAUGUAA